UCGUUUGAGGGUAAUAGUUAUGUCUACAUUAUCCUACAUUAAUUUACACAUUUUUGCAUUUCUCUGUAUUUUUGUUAUGUUUUCUAGUCAGUGUAUAUCUUUGGGAUGCUUAGGCGGAUUUGGAGGCGGUUGUGGGUCGAGUUGCUUUUUUGGAUUAUGUCUACAAACACCAAUAAUUCAACCAAUCGGAUGCCCGUGUGGUAUUGGUUUUAUGUGUAUGAGAGGUGGAUGCGUUGCCCGAACAGCGGCUGGAACAAAAACAUUUAAAGAUGAAUCAUCAAGGCCUCCCGAUUUGAAGCCGAUUUCUACACCGGAUGAGCACUUUGCCACCUGCUGCUCACUUCUCGAAGUUGAAUCAUCUUGCACAGAUUUAUGCUCAUAUUCUACGUACUCAUCAGAAGAAGUCAGUGCAGUGUUUCUUCAACAAUCAGUGUGCCCAGUGACUGCAAUUCAAAAGAUUCAUUUUUGUGCGGCACGAGGAACAAACCACACGGAAUGCUGCUCCAAAUCAUUAGUUCCAAUACACUGUCACUCUUUCUGCGAUCAGAGUCAAGAUAGUGAUGUCAAUAGCCUCUCAAUCAACCAUUUGCAAUGUGUACAAUAUUUCAACGACAUCAAAUCUUGCUUUUUGGAACACGCAAAUCAAGAAUAUUUCGAAGGACACAUCGAGGACUAUACGACGACCGAAAACGAAGAAACAAGCUUAGGAGCUAAUUUUUAAAUCUAAAAUUAUUUAGGAACACUUAUAGACGAAUAAAUUCAAUCUCAACUUG